AGUUUGUUGUGGUAAAGCCGUAUAUUAGCAGGAAAACGCAGCGUUCAUUAUCAUUUCCUGUGCUCCCGCCGCGCGUCAGCUGCUAACGUCAGUUGUAUGAGAUGAUCCAGACGAAACGAGUCUCAGUGGGAAAGAGACAUAAGGUCCGACUUCACGUGGCUGCGCAGCGCUGGUGCAUGCCAGACCCUGUGCGAUGAUGUCGCGGGAGCGAGACGGCUGCAGUCAGACGACGCAGUUGUGCUAAAGAACUUCAGAACUUUGUCGUGAUUGGUGUAAGGCUUCACGGACACGCGUGACGUCAUACCUUUUUAUUCUGGGAAGUUAUCUUCUCUGUUUCUUUCUCCACAAAGAGGAUACGAUCUAAUUAAUCUCCUCACUGCUGUUAAUUAUUUAUUCACUAAGGACGCCUGUUUAAAUUUUCAGCUGUAUAAACAGUUUAGCUCAGGAGGAGUUUGUUUUGUAAAGUAAGUGAUGCCCCUGUAUUUUUAUCCAAUAGAUUGCUUUUCACCCUGCAUAUUGCAUGCGACUUUUCCCCCUACCUCAACCCUUCACCCUGUACGUUUUUCGUAAAACAGUACUUUGAAAACAUAGUUCCUCCUCAUAAACUGUUUUUCCUGUUAAUACAUCAUACAUUGAUUAUAUUACAAUAAAUAUUGCCUAUUCGCUACUCAGGUACAGAGGCUUGGCCCUGGGUGUGGCACAGGUGCCCCCUAAUGUGAAGCCCCUCUAUGGAGCCCGAAAUUGUGGCUAUCCCACAUUAACGAAAUUUGGGAGGCAGAUGUAUCAAUGCAUUAUUUCCUCUGCCUAGGAGGUUUUGGUUACAUCCCUGUCAGUUUGUUUGUUUGUUGGUUGGUUGGGAAUGCAUUAAUCUUGAUGAAAAAAAUCAGGCAUAUUUAGGGGACUGAUGUGUGUGCAAUUAGGUGCAAAAUCCAAAUAAAAAUCAAGAUAUAGUGGAUUUAUUAUUAUUAUUAUUAUUCAAUGUGGUUUCAUAAGGGGACUGUUGGGCCUUGGAGAAGGUAUGUGCUCUACUGAGUGCUUCUAGUUCCCUGUGAAUUUUAUUUUCAAAUCCCCCUAUCGCAAUGUGAAGGAAAGUGACAAAAAAUUCCAGGAUCAACCAUUUUGUCUGGAUCCGCACCAAAAUAUGCCGAGACAUUGUUCAGCAGGUGGCUGCAAAUCUCGGGACAACCGUGAGACUCGUAAUGCUGGAAUCACCUUUCACAGAUUACCAAAAGGUGCCACUCGGAGGAACAUAUGGAUCGCCAACUCCCACCGUGCAGACUCCUGGGAUCCUCAGACUGACUUUGUCUACUUUUGUUCCAAACACUUUACCCCAGAGAGCUUUGAGCUGACCGGAUGCAGUGGGAUCAGAAGACUAAAGGAUGAUGCAUUUCCUACAGUUUUUAAUUCCUCUUCAACAACAAAAUGCAUAAGAGCAAGAUCAGUGCAGAAACAAGAAGACAUCCAUGUCAGAUCCUGCUCAGGUAGCAAGGAGCUCACUCCGUAUGAGACGGACCAGGGUCCGUCAUCAGAAGAACAUAUAGUCCAGAGGUCAGUGGCAACAUCUGGGGAGACUCAUGAAAACAAUCCUGCAUCUCCUCGAGAGCCAUCAUGGGGGGAGCAUAUCUCACGGCAAGAACAUGAACCUUCACCACCACCCCAGUCUCGUCCCAUCUCCCCGUCAUGCUACAUGAGGCGCCUGCCCCCUCCUCCAGGCUUUUACCUGUCAAAGGAACACAGCUAUGCUCAGCUCUGCCCCCUGCUUUGGAAGAGACGUUAUGACCAGGCCGUUGACUGUUUGGAGAAGGCGUUGCGACAGCUGCAUGCAGCCAGGCGUAGGGAGAACCGCCUGCGGAGCACUGUGCAUAGGCUCCGUGAUAAACAACUUAAGCACACUCUGAUGGUGUCACAUAAUGGUUGUAAAAACAGGGGGACAGCAGGGGGCGAGAGGAGACUAGGGAAAGAAGGUCCUAACCAGAAGGAGUGUGAGACUGAUGCUAAAUCUGAGGAUACAGGGUUGUUUGAGGAGCGAUGUGUGGAUUUGAGUGGUAAUUUUCUUCCAGGCCCUAACAGUUGGUCUGAGGAGGAGAAGGGGUAUUGCUUUUACUGUGAAAGAGGGCAGGUUCAUGUGGGUGUUCAGGUCGCACACAGACUUUCAAAGUCCACAGAGCAUGAGGACUCGGAUAGGAUUCAUAAAAGUGUUGAAACCAGUAAAUGUGGCACAGCUGAGAACACCAAAGACAUAAAGAUAGUCAGGCUGGAAAGACCAUUUGAAAAAAAAGUACAAACCAAUGACCCAGAUAUUGCACAUUACUCAGUCGUGGUCCAAAAUCCAAGUCUUCCAAGUGUGUCUCUGCCUGUUACCGAUGAGCAGAGUUUAGAGUUGUUAAGCUCUCAGCAGAAGCCACUGGUUUCUCACUCAUGUGAAGUGGAGUCUGAAGCUGUGGACAUGCAGCAGCAGCAGCUGCUUUGGAUUCAGGAUAGUGCUGAGAAACAGGUUAUUCUACUCCCUGUUCCUGGUGUCGAUGGAUUACAAAGCUUUCUCAUGACGGAAGGGGUCACUGAUGAAGCACAAACCAUACUGGUGUCAGAAAUGGAUCUAAAAAGAUGCUUGGGACAUACGACCGACAUUAGAGGUUUGACCAGAGCUGAAACCACCUGUGAUCAUAGUGACCAGCAUUCUGUUAUCAACAGUGCAGCCGUGGAAAGGAGAGAAGAUGUGAGGGACAAACUUAAAGAGCACCUGGAGGGAUUUCACCUUCAGCUGAGCAGCGAGUUUAUAAACUGAGAGCAUGUUCUGAAUGAACACAAUUUGUUAUUACAGUGAAUGAUAAACUGCAAAUCUUUUCUUCCAGCAUAGUUGAACAUAGUGAAUGUUGUGGAGUCCUCAAUAUGUAUUUCAGAGGGUUAUUCAACUCAGCAAGCAGCAGCAAGUUUAUAAGAUAUUUUCAGUGUUUGUGCAGAAAGGGUGCGAAUGACAGUGGAUAAAUUGGUAUUUUUAAGUUGAGAUCGAAACCAACAAUGAAUAUGUUGAAUUUAUGAGUAUUGUGAUGAACUGUAUCUCGUUCCAAUGAGCCAAAGAACUCUGUUGUUGUUCAGACACAAUUAAAACACAUCAAUGUGCCACACUCAUACCAUCCUGCUAACCAUAACCCAGAAACCAGCUGUUUUAGGAAAAUCAUAUAACUUUUAGGAGUUGUUAGCGAUUUGUAUCUUAAGUAGGAACCAGUGGGUUUGUUGGUGCGGGUCUUUUUUUAAUGGGAUCUGAUGACUUUAAUUCAAAUCAAACAUUAAAAGAUAGAUUUGGUAAAACAACAACACAUGAAUAAUUCAUAACUGAAAUGACAAAAAUGAAGGUGAAUCUUUGUUUCUGAAAUAAUGUGAUAAUUACAUUUUUGAAUUCCACUAGUUCAAGAAGGUUAUGUUUUCAUCCAUUUGUUUGUUGGUUGGUUUGUUUGUUGUUUGACUGUCAGCAGGAUAACGCCAAAACUGCUGAACUAAAUUCCACAAAAUUUUUGACAUGGACCAAGAAUGAAACCAUUAAACUUUGGUGUAGAUUUGGACCAAGGGGCGGAUCUAGGAAUUUAUCACUUUUUUUUAACACUGUGAGAUUGGUGAAAAUGUCAACAAAUAACACCCAAACAAUUUUCAAGGGAAUAAUGCAUGGAUCUUUAUGAAAAAAAUCUGGCAUAUUUAGGGGACUAAUAUGAGUGUGUACAAUCUGGCGCGGCUUGACUGAAUUUAGUUAGGUUUGUUCAGCUGCAUCAGGAAUGUUCUCCGAAUGGUGCAGGAGCAAUGUACUGUGUCGUUCCUUGAAGCGGUUUGUGGAUGUUUAUGUGGUUUAUGGGGAUAGAGAGUGUUGUAUGACACAAAUAUAAACUAGUUACUUGAUACACCCUCAUGUUUCCACUAGACUUAUUGUAUAUCCUUUCGUUACUCUAUCAAUGUUAGGUCAUCUCUGAACACACCCUCGAUUCAAUUCAGGUUUAUUUGUAAAGCGCCAAAUCACAACGCACAUUGUCUGGAAGCACUUUACAUAGUGAGGUGGAGACCUCACAAUAUUAUAGAAUAGACCAACAAUUUUCACAAUGAACAUACACAUGGUGUCAGUGGAGCGAAAAAACUUCCACAUUGUUAGGAAACAGUCAAAACUAUUUCUCAGUUAUUUUCAGGAUACGUUUUAGGUACAUGUGGAUACAUCCUGAAAGUUUUGUGAUGAUUGUUGCUACAGUUAUUGACUUUGGUUUAUUUAUGUGCUGAGCCCAGGCCUUGUUAAGUUAAUUGGUCAAUAUCUUGAAAACCAAUUGAGGUAUCAACAAGCUUUAUACAACUUUGAAAAGAUUGGAUUAAUAAUGAUCCACAAAAUAUUCCGUUGCAAUAAGACCUAUGGUUUAAGAUUAGAUAUCAAAAAUGUGUUUUCCCAAAAUUGAGCAAAAUCCAUCAUGGCAAAUGUUUAUAAAGGAGUAUACUGAGUUGUAGAUGUUUGCAAAAUUGAAGUAAGUGUGUGUGUGUGUGUGCGUGUGCGUGUGCGUGCGCGUGCGUGCGUGCGCGUGCGUGCGUGCGUGCGCAUGCGCGUGUGCGUGCGUGUGCGCAUGCGCGCAUCUGGAAGCAGCUUGUUGUAGGAACAUGGAGGAUGAAAUGAUGGUCUCAUACUGAAACAAUUCACUGUGGCUUCUUCGAUUGGGUGUGGCCUCAACCCCUCCCACUCAGAUAUUCAAGUUCCUGGAGGAGAAGGAGGGGUGGAAGUGGGUCUCAAAUCAUUGAAAUCCUUUUGGUGACACACCUUUCACCCUGAGGACGUUAGCUGCUCUCUGCAGUAUCUACCCCUGCCAGGAAGAAGCUCUGCCUGCUGGAGUUCUGUUGAGUUCUGCUUGUGUAGCGUGUUUUCUUUUGACAGAUUCUUUUGGUUUCCUUGAUCCAAACUUAAGUUUUCCCCUCACUUCAGCACCUACACUACUGACCGUUUGAAGUCGUAAACCAGACCGAAAGAAUGUGGUUGUGCCAGUUUCCUUUUCCCUCGCUUUCUCUCCCUCCUUUUUUUUUCUUCUUUCCAACGGGCAUUUCCCACACUCUGAAUGUCUCACAUGGGGUCUGGACAGAUUUGCAUAUAAAGCUGCAGUAUCACAAGUACCUGGUGUCAAAUGAGCAGCUGGUAGUGAAGGGGUUAACACUAUGACAGUCUGGAAAAGAAGUAAAAUACCAGCCUAGACUUGCAGGCAGUCAUUGCGUAAAACAACAGUGUCCAACUCUUACUAAAGGUUUCCAGAUGUGGAAUGAGUUGUCUGCUUAAUGUGAGCUGAGCCUCAGUUGAAGCUCCAGACACAUCACUUCAUAUAGUGUUACACAUACAUAACAAAUUAUUGUGAUCAUGGAACUGAAAACUGGACACCCCAGUGAUCUUAAUGUGACAGAUGACUGUAGAUUGCAGUGCAUGUUGAUUUAAUGUCUCAUCUAAUCAGUUCAUAUAUUAAACAAUGACUACAUUUACAUGGACAGCAAUUAUCUGACAAUUGACAUUAUUCCAAAUAAAACACUAUUUGAAUUGUGA